GGUGUAUCGGCCGAACCCUUCGAUACCCUGUACCUUUCCGCGUCUUGCGAAGGACUUGAGCACGGUCAGACUUGGUUGCUUAUUUCUUGUGGUGAAACAUUUAUUUACCUCUAUGCUUCUAUUCAGCACAUGUACCUCUUUCUUCCAGUUCGGUGCGUGAAAUUUGGACGAUGAAGGAUGAUGUGUGAAGCACUCGCUUCCGUGCUCAGAUGCGUUUCGUCAAUACAGCAGAGAGGUAAACCAUCAAGAAUGCCCAAUCAGUGAGUCAAGUGACAAGAAGAUUCGGUCGUGAAUUAUCGCCCAACAUGCAACCCAAUAGCCCCGAUGUUUCAAAGAGCAGCUCAACGAUGUCUGAACGAGUCGUAAUAUGAUCCAUGAAUGCGGUGGCUUCGUUCGAAUUUUAGGCGACGUAGAAAUUGCCGUCGACGGAAUGGAACAUGGAUGUGACUGACCGCGAGGAGUCGAACACAAGAAUAGAUAAGAGCUCGGGGUCUACCACUUUACUUUUAAAAUUUCUCGCGCGUCAAAGAAACAAUGGGGUCGACUGAUUUUGAAACUAAUAACUGAACGUGAGCGGAAGGGCCAGCAUCAGAAUUCAGAAUCGGGACUGUAUACAGCAAGGCACUGGUCAGAGGAAAGUUCCAUGUCAUCCCGUACUGCCGAGGUCGUGAUGGGGAUGAGUGAAGCAUGUGAACUGCGGUGAUGCAGAGAAGGAAAUUCACACUUUCUGCAUGGAACACGCAUUUCUUAGACAUUCUUGUCGACUGACUCACAGACCAGCUGACGUCCCAAGGCAUCCCACGAGCAGUUCCACCUCAUCCACAAACCUACCAGUCCCAACGCUCCGGUACGGCACCUUACAGGAAUAUACAACACACGACUUCGACUUCGUCCCCAGCUGCGUCCGUGCUCUGGCCGAAAGUAAACCUCCGAUUUGUGUAGGAAAAGCUCCUUCAUGGGUCUUCCCAUCAUUUUUGUUAUUCAGCUGUGUAUGGCACGAAGAUUGGGUAAGCAUAUCUUCAUAUCCUUCCAUCUUAAAUACAAGAUGCAGUUCACAGCUUUUAAAAGAUUGAUGAGUCCGAAUUUUUUUUGGGAAUGUCUAAAUCAUAAGGCAUUUGCUCACGAUGUUCGAUCAGUAUUUGAAACACAGACUUGUCCUCCAAACAAGCUUUCUGAAGAUGGAUCGAAAUCCACACCUUGAGACAGCAUACCUCGCUGUGGUGACGUUUAUCUGUUUCAUGUCCACUGGCUCCAAAGCUGGUAAAUGAUAAAACAACACAUGAUUAUGCCUUG